UUUCUGUGAGAAGUUAAUUUCUAUCUUUUUUUCUGGGAAAUAUUGCGAUUUGUGCAUUGAUUUUGCACUAAAAACACAAUAAAAUUGUGAGGAAACGAUGUCUAAUUGAUUUAACAUCAUUUGGAGUUUCUUAUUACGUAAUUUUUAGUGUUUUAUAUGGCGGUAUUGUGGAGUGAUUUCUGUGAUUGAAAAAUUUUAUUCUUUCAUAUAUUCAACGACGUUUUUCUAGUGAAGAAACGAAUAUAUAUUGUGUUUGUGUGUAUAUAUUUCGAAACAACUCGUGGCUUCAUGGCAUACUAAAAGUUUAACGGAAUUGAAAACGAAUUCCGUGAAACUCCAUAAUUUUUAAUUGCAAGCACGAUACCACAAACAUUUGUGUCGAAAAACUCCGUCGAAUUGGUUUAAAAUUUGCCAUCGAUUUGGCAAAAUAACCACUUGAGACUGAUUUGGGAUGCAAGUGUAGUGACGUCGACGUCGUGCGUAAAAGCAGCGGAGAGCAAAAUAAAAAAAAAAUAAAUAAAAACGCAGCGCAGCAGUAAUAAUCAGUAGAGUUUAAGACGACUGUGCAAACCCUUGUUUACUAAUGUACGUAUAACUAACACGCCGGCGAUAAUGUUGUUUGCAAGUUGUUGAAUUUGAAUUCAACUACUUUUUUAGUCGUGUCCUUUGUUAACAACAUUUUCUCACUGAGCUUUAAUAUGAGUGGUGUCCCUAGCCCUUUGUCUCGCUGCAGUGGCGAAAAAGACAAAGAUUCUAUGUGGUAUUUCACGUCAGAGCAGUUGGCGAAUUCUCCUAGUAGACAGCAGGGCAUUAGUGCUGAUCAGGAGCUCUCCUAUCGCCAAAUGACAGCCUAUCUCAUUCAAGAAAUGGGUCAAAGGCUUCAAGUCUCCCAGUUGUGCAUCAACACUGCCAUUGUAUACAUGCAUCGUUUUUAUGCUUUUCACUCCUUUACACAUUUUCAUCGCAACGGUAUUGCCGCAGCAAGUCUUUUCUUAGCCGCUAAAGUUGAAGAACAACCGCGUAAACUGGAACAUGUCAUUAAAGCAGCCAAUAAGUGCCUCAAUCAGCCUAUUUCUUCUACUACGGAUAACAAUUAUAUGGAACAGGCAACGGAUUUGGUAUUCAAUGAAAAUGUUCUACUCCAAACAUUAGGAUUUGACGUGGCAAUCGAUCAUCCACAUACACAUGUUGUGAAGACAUGCCAAUUGGUUAAGGCUUGCAAAGAUUUAGCCCAAACUUCUUAUUUUCUGGCCUCCAACAGUUUGCAUUUGACUUCAAUGUGUUUGCAAUACAAGCCCACAGUAGUGGCCUGCUUCUGCAUCUAUUUAGCUUGUCGGUGGUCCCGUUGGGAGAUUCCUCAAUCUACAGAAGGAAAACAUUGGUUUCAUUAUGUAGAUGAGACAGUGACAAUGGAUUUACUGAAGCAACUCACUGAAGAAUUUAUUGCAAUAUAUGAGAAAAGUCCGGCUCGUCUAAAGUCUAAAUUAAAUUCCAUAAAAGCUCUAGCUCAGGGUUGUAAUCGUAAUCAGGGGCAGGUUAAGGACAAAAAACCUGAUCAAGACUGGAAGGUGGCCGACGUAAUGAAAAUGUAUCAGCCUGCUGAUAGCGUUCCGGUUAGUGGUAAUAGCGGACAAACUCAAUCGUCUUCAUACACAGCAGCAGGUCAGGGACCUAUGUCGAAUGAUCAACCUCAACCAACUGGACAAAGUGUACCACCUCCCAUGUUACCUCCACCAUCUCAUCAAUCUCAGCAAAUACGCAAAUCGGAUAUGCAUUCAAGUAGUCAACAUCGCUCUCACCAUACUUCGUCGACGUCAUCCUCACAUCAUCCUUCCAAAAUAGGUUUUGCCUCGGCCGACGUCCAAGAUCACAAAGUCAGCAGUCAUAAACAGCAACCUCAGCAGUCGUUUGGUAGCAACAUUAAUCGGCCCCGCGAACAUUCUGGCGCUCAUCCUCAGGCGUUAAUGACUUCAUCGAAGAGUUCGAAUAAUCGUUCGUCAUUGUCGGGAAAUUUGGCCGGGCAAAAUUUUUCACGUCCGCAAUCGCAAGGUCAUCUUUUAGAUGGAAAUUUUCACAAAUCGCGUGAUCGCAAUUUGUCAUCAGUGCCAGCUCCCGUUGGUAUUAAUAUGCCCGCUCAUGCCAUGUCACACAAAGUGUCUCAGAAACAGGAUCCUAAUCGAUCAUUGGCUAAAGAAUCAGCAGCGCGAUUACCGACAGAAUCACAGUCUCUCAAAACAAGCGGAGCCCACAGCAACAGUAAUAAAAUAUUUUCUUCUUCCUCCUCAUUGCAAUAUGGUGGUAGCAAUAGCCAACAACAAAUGCCUCCUUCCAAUACUAGUAAUUCACAAACAGGCGGCACAAAAAUGGAUGUUUUGCAUGAUAUGUCCCGCAAUAUAAUGCACAACUCCCGAAAUUAUAAUAAUGUUCCCACAAAUGGUCCUACGCCACCUUCUAGCUUUCAUCAACAACAACAGCAGAUGUCACGUCAUAGCACCAACGGCAACAACUCUAAUAGUAUAAAACAUGAACAGUCUAAACAAAUGUCCGUCCAUAUGCAACAACAAACCAACACUUCUACACACCACCAACACCACCAUCAUCACCAUAAACAAAUACUUCCCUUGGAAACCGCGUACGCGGGGUCAAGCGGAUCUCACGAUUUAACUCAGCAAUCCCAAUCACAUUCUUUCACAAAUAUGCGUCCUAUCGAAUCUCUACAGCAUUCCGAUGAUCAUGCAAACACUCAAUUCAACGCGCACCUUACAACUACAGGAGGCAUUACUCAGUCACAGAAUGUAGCUAAAGCUGCUAAUUCUAUGUUCAGUCCGGAUUGGAUAGAAAAAGCCCACGUUCAACAACAUCUACAAUCACAAAGCCAUUCAACGCUAGGUUCUAAUUAUAAUGGAAUCAUGAACGCACAUUCUGCUCCUGACAACUAUAUCUACAAAAUGCCUCAAAGUACAUCAACUACUACUUCUAAAGAAAGUCCCACUAAAGUAAAAAGUGAACGCGAUUCAUCAAAAAAAGAUAAAAACCGCAACACCGACUCAUCACUUAUAAAUCGCUCAAGUAUACCACACACGUUAUUAAAAACGUCUUUAAAUAAAAAAGUAGAAUCAAGUCUAAUGCAUUCUAAUGAACUUGCUGGUACGAGUUGUAAUAAUAAUAACAGUAGCGGUGGUAUUGUCGGCAUUAAAAGGUCAAAUGAACAGUUGAUAUUUAAACAUGAAGACGACAUAUCGGCGCGUGAUAAUAAAAUUCGCAGGCUUGACAAUAUAAACGAUAUAAAUAAGCAUCAGGUAGUGAAUGGCAUUGAAACUAAUCCUGACAUGGUGAGAAAUCUGUUGAAAGAGAGCCUUUGUACAACCAGUGGUCUUCUCAAAACAGAAACGAUAACGCCCAGUUUACAACCACCUACUGAACUAUUGGAACCAUCGGCUACUACGUCGGCAGCAACUAGUUCUAUUUUAUCUACCACCGGCGGGAAUACAAAUACAUUACCGAGCGUUUCGGGUAUAAGUGCAAUGGAGGUAGAUGAUCAUACAGCCUCAGGCAGCAAAUCGGAAAAGAAAAAGAAAAAAGACAAACACAAGCAUAAAGAAAAGGACAAAUCAAAGGAUCGUGAAGAACGCAAAAAACACAAAAAGGACAAAGAUCGCCACAAAGAAAAGGAUCGAAGCGAUACCGCGGAUAAUACUGAGCAUGUGAAGAUCAAAAUAUCCAAAGAGAAGCUCGAACACGUUUCUGGUGAACCGAUUGGACUGAAAAUUAAAAUACCUAAAGACAUAAUACAGGGCGAUCUGAAUACUAAUUCCAAUGCAGCAACGAGCAAUGCAGAUAUGCAAAGCAAUCAUGCACCGCCUGUGCUGAAAAUAAAAAUAUCCAAAGAUAAACUUGAAAGCUACAGCAGUGGUUCGUCAAUGGAUACCGGCAGUCAACCAACUGCUCACCAUUAUGGACAUAGCAAAUCCCUAACAUCAAAUUACGCAGCGUAUAGUAAUUCACACGCGAAUGUCUCGACAAAUAUGCAUAAUAGUAGUGGUAACAAUAGUGGAACUAGUAAGAAGAGAGAUCGAGAUCGUGAUCGUGAAAGAGAUAAAGAACGCGAUAAAGACAAGAAACGUCAUACCAAUCAUGAUUCAUCAUCCAAAACAAGUGGGAAUAAUGUUGCCUUGAUGGCCUCCUUGAAUGGAGCGGGAUCAACAGCUACAAACGGUCCGAUAACGGGUUCCCACGGUGGCACUACGAGCUCGCAAAAGGGUCAAUACUCCAGCAAGAUAUAUCAUCACAAUCAUAUGAGUCAACUGUUUGGAGAAUCAAAUGAUGACGACGAUGAUGAUGAUAUUUACUGAAUAAUUGUGUAAAUGAGUUCCUUUCGUGCGUCGUGCAUUCUUGCUGAGCUACAGAAAGCCAAACAGCAUACAGUUAGCAUAUUAGGGAAAAAUUUCAAUUAAUCUUGCUUUUUUCACUUUAUUUUCUUUCAACUUAUCCUGCCAAAAAGGAUAUAAGGUUUAAUUCAGCUUCUUCUUCUCCUCAAUUACAUAUACAAAAUUUUCAAAAAAAGAAUAUUCUUUUAGUCGCGAACAGCUUAUAGUCGUAUUUUUCUUAUUAUUUUCUUAUAAAUUUAUUAAUUUUUUUAUACAUACAUAAACAAACAAAACUUAAAUAAGUGCGAACAUUUAUGAAUAAUAUAUACUUAUAUACAGCUGUUUUAUUUUAAGUCUACAUUAUGAAUGAUUACCAAAAAGGGAAAAAGAGGAGAAAAUAUGUUAAAAUAUAAAAAAUAACAAUGAGAUUAAGAAAAAAUUAAA